AUGACUUUAGAGUGGGGUGAGAAAUCCACUGCGGACCUCAUGAGCAGGUAUGUCUCCAAGGAAGUGGGCUACGGGGUGCCCAAGGAGGGCUGGCGUAUCUGUCUGGCCCACGAGUUCAAGGAGAAGAGAAAGCCCUUUCAAGCAAAAGAUGUCUCUCUGUCCAACAUGUGGGGGCAUAUCGGCCUUGGAAUCAGGUAUCUAAAAUGGUGGUACAAGAAGACGCAGGUGGAAAAGAAGGCUCCAUUCAUUGAUAUGUUUGGCGCCCAACCCUUGCGCCAAAUCUAUGGUGCUCCACUUGGCGGCAUUGGAGGAGGUACCAUUACAAGAGGUUGGAGGGGAGAGUUCUGCAGAUGGCAGCUUAACCCUGGGAUGUACCACUACAAAAUGGUCAUAGCCAAUCAGUUCACUGUGUGUUUGCGUCGUGAAGGACAAACUGUUUACCAGCAGGUGUUAUCUGUAGAGCGUCCACCUGCAUUACAAGGCUGGAACUGGGGGUACUGCGGGGAGUAUGCCUUCUAUCAUGCCUUGUAUCCUCGCGCCUGGACAGUAUACGACCUGCCAGGACAGAACGUCACCCUGACCUGCAGACAGAUUUCCCCAGUCAUCCCUCAUGAUUAUCAGGACUCGAGUCUCCCAGUGGCAGUAUUUGUGUACAUAGAGAACAAGAACGAGUACGAUCUGGAUGUCUCCAUCAUGUUUACUAUGGUCAACGGUUCAGGACACAAGGACGACAAGAGUGGUGGACACUGGAAUGAACCAUUUCACCUGGAGAAGGAGGGGGAGGCGGUGUCUGGCGUACUCCUGCAUCACUGUACGGCAGUGAACCCUUACACCCUGUGCAUUGCAGCCCGAGAGCAGCCUGGCAGGGAGAUCAGUCACCAGACAGCAUUCAGUCCAAAGGGAACCUGCAGCAGUCUGUGGAAUGACCUCAUCCAAGACGGACGGCUGGACUCUCCUACAGGAUCCAGCACACCAACUCAAGGAGAAAACGUAGCUGCAGCUGUAGCUGUGGGCUGCUCGGUGCCGCUGCAGAGCCAUAACUCACUGGAGUUCUGCCUGGCCUGGGACAUGCCCAAAAUUACUUUUGGGUCUCAGGAGAGGGAACACGUGAGGAGAUACACUCGUUACUUUGGGACCAAAGGAGAUGCAUCCCCCUCACUCAGCCAUUAUUCUCUAACACACUACAAACAGUGGGAGAGAAGCAUUGAGGAGUGGCAGAGACCCAUACUGCAGGACGGUUCUCUCCCCUCCUGGUAUAAGUCGGCGUUGUUUAACGAGUUAUACUUUGUGGCGGAUGGCGGGACCGUGUGGACGGAGCUAAAGGAGGAUGCCGACAUCAGUGGCGGCAUACGCAGCGAGGACGGGGGUCUGUCAGCUCAGCCUGCUGUCAUCAAGGAGUAUGGACGUUUUGCUUACCUAGAAGGUCAGGAGUACAGGAUGUACAACACAUACGAUGUGCACUUCUAUGCCUCUUUUGCACUUAUCAUGCUGUGGCCCAAACUUGCCUUGAGUGUGCAAUACGACAUUGCUGGCAGCGUGGUUCAGCAAGACCCCACAGAGAGACUUCAUCUGAUGAGUGGGCAGUGUUCUCCGGUCAAGACCAAAAAUGUGGUGCCUCAUGACAUCGGAGACCCCGAUGAUGAGCCGUGGGUGAGGGUGAAUGCCUACCUCAUUCAUGACACUGCAGACUGGAAGGACCUGAACCUGAAGUUUGUGCUGCAGGUCUACAGGGACUUUUAUCUUACCCAAGACAGCCAAUACCUCCAGGACAUGUGGCCCAUCUGCCAGGCCGUGAUGGAGUCAGAGUUGAAGUUUGACCUGGAUGGAGACGGCCUGAUAGAGAACUCUGGAUAUGCUGACCAGACCUAUGAUGGCUGGAUAGUGACCGGACCAAGUGCAUACUGUGGUGGUCUGUGGUUAGCAUCGCUCUGUGUGAUGUGUAAAAUGGCCAGACUGGUGGACAGCGAGGACUCACACCGACACUACAGAGACCUACUGGACAGAGGCAGCGCUGCUUUCGACAAACUACUGUGGAACGGCAAAUAUUAUAACUAUGACAGCAGUGGGAGAGAGCUUUCUAACAGCGUCAUGUCUGACCAGUGCGCCGGCCACUGGUUCCUGAAAGCGUCCGGGCUGGGAGAAGGAGACUUUCAGGCUUUCCCAAAAGAAAAGAUCCAGAGUGCACUAAAAACUGUUUUUGACUUGAAUGUAAUGAGCUUUGCUGGAGGCCGGAUGGGAGCAGUCAAUGGCAUGCGCCCCGAAGGAGUGCCGGACCGCUCCAGCGUCCAGUCUGACGAGGUCUGGAUUGGAGUAGUGUAUGGACUGGCAGCCACUAUGAUCCAUGAGGGAAUGCGGGAGGAGGGUAUGCGUACAGCAGAGGGCUGCUACCGGACAGUGUGGGAGAAGCUGGGCAUGGCAUUCCAGACCCCGGAAGCCUACUGCGAGAAGAACAUCUAUCGUUCUCUGGCCUACAUGAGGCCUCUGAGCAUUUGGGCCAUGCAGCUUGCUAUAAACAACUCACAGAAGGAUUAGACCACAGCAGCUCAGUCUGGAGACACAGACUGAACUAAGACCUGAGUCAUCAGAUGAGGGAACAGGAGCUCCUCUAAAAGUGACCUAGAAACUCUCCUGUAGCUACCACUUUGAUCUGCACUGACACUGUGAGGUGCUGUUUGACUGUUUACAGACCCUGAAUUCAGUUUUCUCUGGUUUGUUUUGCUCCAAAGGUUUGAGGCAACAGUUCAGGAUGGUAGUCAUUAGGUAUGAAAUAGUGAUCAUAUUUUUAGGUAAACACAUUUUUCAAAUUGUCUUGCAGUGUAUGAAGUGUUAGCCAGAUAAUAUAAAAAAAAAAUCAUAGCCUGUGUCUAUUCCCAAUUAAAAAGUGUUACAGAGAGUCAACAUACUGUCUGUUUGCAGACACACGAACACUACACUUCAGCAUUCACAGUCAUGCCAGUAAUAAUAUUUGGAUACCUGGAACAUGUUCACAACAUGAUUUCUUCUUCCUCCCUUUAAAUUUGAAUGCUGUGGUAUGUGAUGAGUAGUGUCAGCAAUUAAGCCUGAAAAAAGGAAAAGAAAAAAAAAUAUAUAUAAUUUUUUUUUUUUUUAAUUGUAUUUGGUGCCUUUUGCAUGUUGACCUACUAUGGUAUAUAAAUGUAACGGCAACAUUCACUGUUUUAUAAAAAUCCAAUAAUCAUUGACAAUCAUGC